AUGGCUGCCGAUAUGAUGGAGAGCUUGUCAAUAUACUUCUUGUUACCACUGAGAAAGGGUGUUUCAUUUUGGAUCGGUGGUGGUGGAGUCUCACUUGGAUCUGCUGGUGGAGUCACAAUUGCGGGUGAACUAGUCUUUGAUGGUGGCGGCGGAGUUUCAACUGGUGGUGGUUGUGGUGUUCCUGGCUCCGAAGUAGGAGUCUUCGACGGGGGAGAACGAGUCUUUGAUGGCGGUGGUGGAGCUUCAACUGGUGCCGGUGGUGGUGAAUUUGCUGGCUCCGAAGUAGGAGUCUUCGAUGGGGGAGAACGACUCUUUGAUGGGGGCGGUGGAGUUUCAUCUGGUACAGGUGGGGGUGAGUUUGCUGGCUCCGAAGUAGGAGUAGAACGCGGGGUCUUUGAUGGCGGCGGAGUCUCAACGUCUGGUACCGGUGGUGGUGAAUUUACUGGCUCCGAAGGAGCCUUCGACGGCGGAGGAUGCUGGGUCUUAGAUGGCGGUGCUGGAGUCUGA